AUGCUAAUUUCAAGAUCUAAAUCUGCUUAAAUCAUUGAAUAUUUACUCAAAAAUGGUGCUAAUGUUUCUAUCCAAAAUGUAUUAAUUUAAUAUCAAUAUUUUAGCAUAAUGAAAUAACUGCAAUAUAUAUUGCAUUAAAAUACUAUUAAUUCUAAACUGCAGAUAUUAUAUUUAAGUAUCUUUAUCCAGAUAAUAAAAAUUUAUAAGGUCAUUGA